AGAAAGCACAGUAUGACUUGUCAUCGUGCCCAGUAGCAUCACCCGAGGAGCUGUUCGCGGUUCCGAUAAGCAUAAUACAGCCAGUCACUCCCAAUAUCCGCAGCACCAGGACACUCCAGCACAUCCCGGCCAGCCGUAAUUGGCUCCCGCUGAUUACAUCGCUUGCUUCCCUCGCGCCGUGGACUUUCGCCCUCGCGGUUUCUUGGCACUGAAGUAAUCUCUCCGCUCGCUUCUAUCCGGCUGCUUAUCUUCCAAGAGAUUUGAAUCGAGCUCGAACCUUCCAGCUAUUUCCGCAGCUGGUUACGCAGGUCCAUAGUUUCUUCUUUUCGGGCUCGGUUCCUUCCGCAUGGCCCGCGGCUCGUCCGCCGCCAUUCGCGCUGCCCAGCGGCGGCUAUUACCAUCCGCCGUCGCUUUCUCGCCAACGUUAUUAUCCUCGCCUGCUCAGCGGGGGAGUGAAGGAAGGGGUGUCCUGGCACCGUUACAAUCGCUUCUCGUCCCCGUUGCCGCAACGUCUGCUCGUCCCCCCGUUAUUGGCAAGUUCCGUCAGUCCCCCGUUACGAGGCCCACGGCUCCUUGCCCUCCAGUUACUGCCACGUCACUCAGCUCGUUCGCCGCGUCUGGCUACGUGGGUUACGUCGCUGCCACGUGGAAAUACAGGAGGCGCUACUCGGUCGACGCGGAUCCACGUGGCGGCGAGCGGUUGGUGCGCCUAAACCACCUAACAGGGGAAGACGAAGGCAUCGCUGUGUUGACUCUCAACCGCCCUGCAGCCCGCAACGCCAUCAGCAGGCAACUGCUGGCGGAUCUAAUGCACGCGAUGGGGGAAGUGCGGAGAGCAGUGGGGGUGGGGAACCACGGGCAAGUGGGGGGAGUGGGGGGAGGAGGGGGAGCGGGGGAGUGGCAGGUGCGGACAGGGAGUGAGGAGGCGAAGAGUGGGGGGGAUGAUGGUGGCAAUGUGCGGGCUGUGAUUAUAAGGAGCGCAGUGGAAGGAGUAUUCUGUGCCGGGGCAGACCUGAAGGAGCGCAAGGGAAUGACCAUGGAGGAGGCUGAGGAGUUUGUCAGGAGCCUCAGGAGAGCAUUCACUACCCUCGAGAACCUACCUGUACCAACAGUUGCAGCAGUAGAAGGCGCAGCACUGGGGGGAGGGCUGGAAAUGCUUCUAGCAUGUGACAUUAGAGUGGCAGGCUUCAAUGCCCGCUUUGGCCUGCCAGAGACAUCGCUCGCCAUCAUCCCAGGGGCGGGUGGCACGCAGCGCCUGCCCCGAUUGAUUGGCGCCGCUCGAGCCAAGGAGCUCAUUUUCACGGCCCGGGUUGUGCAGGCCGACGAGGCGCUCUCCCUUGGUGUUGUGAGUCAUUGUGUGCCUGCAGGGACAGCAUACGACACAUCUCUUGAUAUGGCGCGAGCCAUUCAGCGCAAUGGGCCUCUUGCAGUUCGACUCGCUAAAGAGGCGGUCAAUAAAGGCCACGAUGUGGCAAUCAAUGAUGGCCUUGCAAUAGAGGAGCGAUGCUAUCAUGGUGUUUUGAAAUCGAAAGACAGAUUGGAAGGGUUAGCUGCCUUUGCAGAGAAACGGAAGCCAGUGUACUGUGGGCUUUAGCUUUGGGAUACUUUUUUUCACGGAUUGUUUAAGAGCCUCACACCCUUCAACACGCACCACCAAUUUCCAGCAUUUCAGCCACAAGCUGCUGUCUAGAAGAGUGUGUUCGGAAAGACUUGCCAAAAGUGUAUGCCGGUUUCAAGGUUGCA